UGAGCUUCAUCUUCCGGCAGCGAACAACACACGACUCGCUCGCUCGCUCGUUUCGCGCCUGUGUCGACUGCUUCCCUUUUAUACGAGCAUCGACGACACAAGACACACAUCGCGAUCGAUACGAUCAUCAUCAUCGCUUCUAUAAAUCGAGAAGAGUAAAAGAGAGAGAGAGACGCGGCGCGACAAUCAUCGACAGUCAGUUUCGCGACGCACAUACAGCACACUCGUACUACUUGCCGCUGUGUGCCCCCUACUUGUGUAUAUACUACCAGUGUGUGUACACACGGCUCGAGUGUGGCACUACUUGUUGAUCUUUUCGUGGCUCGCGAUACAGUCGCUCGGCGAGCUCCGUAGACAACACACACGUGUGGCGAGCUCGUUGAGUCUCGAGAGUCGCAACGCGCGCACAGUUCGGGAGAAUCUUCUUUUUUUUUUUUUAACCAGUGAGCUUGCAUUCGUUUCGGUGCAAGCUUGGACUUUGAUCGGGAGUUCGUCGCUGUUUCUCGUACCAAAGUAAAUAAACAAAGUUUCUCAAAAUGAUCGUCAAGUACGUGUUCAAGUGGAUCCAGGGCUGCUUGUAUUGGUUGACCGUGGAGUUCGCGUACAACAUGGUCCUGAAACCCUUGGCCUUGUGGACGCUAGAGAAUCCAAGAGAAGUCUGCAAGCUGACGGCGAUCUUCCUGUCGGCGAUGCUGAUCGUGCGCAUCAUUCAGUGGCUGGCCUACCAGAGAUCGCUGCCACCGGGCCCCAUCGGCAUACCGAUCUACGGCAUCCUCAAGCGCGUGAGGCGCGACCUGCACGUGGAGUUCGGCGAGAUGGCCAAGCGUUACGGACCCGUGUUCUCGGCCAAGCUCGGCCAGAGCCUCGUCGUGGUCAUCAGCGAUCACAAGCUGAUCAAGAAGGCCUUCAACCGCGAGGAAUUCACCGCCCGGCCCGAGACCGAGUUCAACAACAUCCUGGGAGGCUACGGUAUCGUCAACUCCCAAGGCCAGCUGUGGAAAGACGAGAGAAGGUUCCUUCACGAUAAGUUCCGCUUCUUCGGCAUGAGAAUACACGGCAAGAGCGAAAUGGCCGCUUGCAUCGACACGGAGCUGAGCCUGUUCAUGUCCCGCAUCGACUCGUUCAACGGCAGAAAGAUGAACCUGUCCGCGCCGCUGGGCAUGGCCAUCACCAACAUCAUCUGCCAGGUGACCAUGGGCGUGCGCUUCAACAUCGACGACAGGCGCUUCCUCCGCUUCACGGAGCUGACCGACGAGGGCUUCAAGCUCUUCGGCAGCCUCGCCAGCACCAAUUACAUACCGCUCAUGCGCUACCUGCCCGGCAUGAACGACAUCUACAAGAAGCUCGACGGCAAUCGCAAGGAGAUGGCCGCGUUCUUCCAGGAGACGAUCGAGGACCAUCGCAAGACGUACGAGGAGAACAAGGUCCGCCACCUCGUCGACGCCUACAUCGAGAAGAUCGACGCAGCCAAAAUCAAGGGCGAAGAGGACAAGCUUUUCCAGGGCAAGGAUCAUGAUCGCCACUUGCAACAGAUCCUCGGCGACCUGUUCUCCGCCGGCAUGGAGACGGUCAAGACCACCCUCGAGUGGGCGGUGAUCCUGAUGCUGCACAACCCCGAGCACGCCAAAGCCGUACAGGAGGAGCUCGACCAAGUGGUCGGACGCUCGCGCAAUCCGAUCCUCGCCGAUCUGCCCUUCUUGCCGCGCUGCGAGGCCACUAUCAUGGAGAUCAUGCGCAUCACCAGCAUCGUCCCAUUAGGAACGACUCACUCGACAUCUCGUGACGUCUUGUUGAACGGCCAUCUCAUUCCCGAGGGCACCCAAGUCAUCCCUCUUCUGCACGCCAUCCACAUGGACGAGGAGCUCUGGGACGAGCCCCAGAAGUUCAACCCCAGCCGCUUCCUCACCACCGACAACAAAGUGCACAAGCCCGAAUUCUUCAUACCCUUCGGCGCCGGCAGACGCAUGUGCCUCGGCGAGGUUCUGGCCCGCAUGGAGCUCUUCCUCUUCUUCUCCACCCUGCUGCACACCUACGACCUGACCGUGCCCGAGGGCCACGAGCUGCCCAGCCUUGAGGGCAACACGGGCAUCACCGUGACGCCGAACGCCUUCGAGGUCUGUCUGAUCAAGAGAACGCCCGCCAUACAGUUGCGCAACGUCGGCUCCAAUUAAACUACCAACAGAGAAAGAAAGAAGGAAAAAAGCUCGAGGACUCCGAGCAAAAGAAAGAGUUCGUCCCUCCCCCGCCCCCCUGCCCCCCCGCUGGUUUGCGUACGCGUUGAUACGCAACGAAGAAAAAGGAAACACAUACACACUUACAGAGACAUACACAUACACACUCACACACGUACAGACAGAUACACACUUACAAGAUUACACAUUUAGCACGGUUACUUGUUCCUAUGAUCUCGUCUCGUCUCGUGUGGCGCGAUUGUAAAUCGCGUCGCGUUGUAGCGAGCGGUAAGCAUCAAUGACUUAAAAAAGUUCCCCACUUGUGUUUGCUUUAUAGGCCCCCCCGAGUAAAGGUAUUUCGCGAUUAUUUAUAAUAAACCUCAGUGUGUCACAACACAAUGAAUCCCUUCGAGCAUUUAGCCACGACAUUCGCGCGUCACGAUACAAAAUAACAAAAAAAAAAAAAAAAAAAAAA